ACCAUAAACAAUAUUGUGAAAGAAAUUUCUUCGUCUACGAUUGUUGAAUCUUCACCUAUCAACAGAGUUACGCUCUUGAGCGAGCAAUUAAAAUUUUUAUUUAACCUGAUGCACUAUGAUCCAAAAAUUGUGCGUGAAGGGAAAGGGAAAGGUCAGGAACCUCCGUCAAAAUUUGAAAAAUUACUCCCGGUAAUUAUUAAUAUUAUCACAGAAAUACCUCCACCAUCACCACUUCCACUAGGUCCACCACAUUCUCACGCGAUUCACGCACUUUUGAACUUUCCUGUCGCCCCUUACAAAUCAAUCUGGUUCCCCCCAGAGCAAAAAACUCAACAAUAUGCUCUUUUGGAUAAAUUUCUUGAAACUUUAAAAAUAAUGAUAUUUAUUGCCGUCAAAGGAGAUCCUGAUGCUAAUAUUGAAAAUGGUCAAAAGAAAUACGGUGUUAAUUUUGAUGAAGUUAUUCCACCACUUGUGGUAUUGAUACGAAAAUUAGCAGAAGAAGACGAAUUGGCAAGAACUAUUACAAGAAAUAGAUUAUUACCUGAUAAUGUGGAUCGAUCUAAACCGUUAGAAAAAGGUGACAGUUUAUCCGCACGUUUAAUUCGAUUAAUGACUUCGGUAAUGCUGCCAAAUUUAAAAGAUGGCAUAAGUGAGUUGUUAUAUGUGAUAUGUGAUCAAGAUG